AUGGAGUACGCAGACGAAUAUGGGGACGAUGUCUACUAUGAGGCUGAGGAGGGUAUCACAUCUGAAGACUGCUGGACGGUAAUUUCAGCUUUUUUCGAGUCCAAGGGACUGGUCUCUCAGCAGCUAGACUCCUUUGACGAAUUCAUCUCCACUACUAUGCAAGAACUGGUGGAAGAGCAGGGCCAGGUAACUCUCGAUCAAACGGUCCCUCCUGGUGACGAUGAGCAGGAUCCCGUCGUUUUACGCCGCUAUGAACUCAAGUUUGGCACCGUCAUGCUGGCUAGGCCUUCUAUGACAGAAGGAGAUGGCGCAACCAGUAUUAUGUUGCCGCAGGAAGCUCGUCUACGAAAUCUCACUUAUGCCAGUCCUCUCUACCUCGGUAUCUCAAAAAAAAUUAUGGAAGGACGAGAACGCCUACUAUCAGAACGAGACGAUGAGGAGGAAGAGGUUGAAGAAAAAGGCGAUGAGGAAAGACGGAGCCGUGGCACAUAUCUACACUGGGAACGAAAGCCGACACUGGAGGACGAGGCAGAAGAGGAAAAUAUUUUCAUUGGAAAGAUGCCUAUUAUGCUCAAGUCAAAGUACUGCAUCCUCAAAGAUCUUGGCGAGCAAGCUCUCUACAACUGGAACGAGUGUCCAUACGAUUCGGGUGGUUAUUUCGUUAUCAAUGGAAGUGAAAAGGUUUUGAUCGCGCAAGAACGAAGUGCUGGAAAUAUUGUGCAAGUGUUCAAGAAGGCUCCUCCAAGUCCAACCCCCUACGUUGCCGAAAUUCGAAGUGCUGUAGAAAAGGGCUCUAGAAUCCUUUCCCAGCUCUCCAUCAAACUCUUUGCCAAAGGCGACAGUGCAAAGGGCGGAUUUGGUCCAACGAUCCGAUCGACGCUACCUUAUAUCAAAACAGAUAUUCCUAUUGUCGUCGUGUUCCGUGCGCUCGGUGUAGUGUCAGAUGAAGAUAUCCUGAACCACAUUUGUUAUGACCGAAACGACACACCAAUGUUAGAAAUGCUUAAGCCUUGUAUUGAGGAGGGUUUCGUUAUCCAGGAUCGUGAGGUUGCGCUUGAUUUUAUUAGUAAGAGAGGAUCCUCUCCUAUGAGCAUGAACCAAGAGAAGCGAGUACGAUAUGCCAGGGAUAUCAUUCAAAAAGAAUUCCUGCCUCAUAUCUCACAGAGCGAAGGUAGCGAAACUCGCAAAGCCUUCUUUUUGGGCUACAUGGUCCACCGCCUUCUCCAGUGUGCGCUUGGACGCCGUGAUGUGGAUGAUCGAGAUCAUUUUGGAAAGAAACGUCUGGAUUUGGCUGGGCCCCUACUAGCUAACUUGUUCCGAGUUUUAUUUAUGAGGCUUACCAAAGAUCUUUACAAGUACGUCCAACGGUGUGUCGAAACUGGUAGACAAUUAUACCUGAAUAUUGGUGUCAAGGCCAGCACCCUUACAGGUGGCCUCAAAUAUGCGCUUGCUACAGGGAACUGGGGUGAGCAGAAGAAAGCUGCUAGUUCGAAGGCUGGUGUGUCACAAGUCCUUAACCGCUACACAUACGCAUCUACACUAUCGCAUCUUCGACGUACAAAUACCCCUAUUGGCAGAGACGGUAAGAUUGCCAAACCUCGACAGCUUCAUAACACCCAUUGGGGCCUUGUUUGCCCCGCUGAGACGCCUGAAGGGCAAGCUUGUGGUCUGGUCAAGAAUUUAGCACUAAUGUGCUGUAUCACUGUCGGUACUCCGAGUGAACCCAUCAUUGAUUUUAUGAUUCAGCGCAACAUGGAAGUUCUGGAAGAAUUUGAACCUCAAGUUUCGCCCAAUUCGACAAAAGUGUUUGUGAAUGGCGUUUGGGUUGGUGUGCACAGAGAUCCCGCGCAUCUUGUUGGAACCGUUCAGUCGCUGCGGCGGCGAAACAUGAUUUCUCAUGAAGUUAGUUUGGUUUGGGAUAUUAGAGAUCGAGAGUUCAAGAUAUUCACCGAUGCUGGGCGUGUAUGUCGACCUCUAUUUGUGGUCGACAAUGAUCCCAAGAGUGAAAACAGUGGGUCUCUUGUUCUUGUAAAAGAACACAUUCACAAACUUGAAGCCGACAAGGAACUUCCACCAGACCUUGAUCCAGAAGAGCGGAGAGAGAGACACUUCGGCUGGGACGGGCUUGUGAAAUCCGGAGUGGUCGAAUAUGUUGAUGCAGAAGAAGAGGAAACCAUCAUGAUUGUCAUGACCCCAGAGGACCUGGAAGCAUCGAAGCAAUACCAAGCUGGCUAUGGCAUGCCUGAAGAGGACACUACUGACAGUAAUAGACGUGUUAAGUCGAAUCUAAGCCAAAAGGCUCACACCUGGACGCACUGUGAAAUUCAUCCCAGCAUGAUAUUGGGAAUUUGUGCCAGUAUCAUUCCCUUCCCCGAUCACAACCAAUCUCCUCGUAACACAUACCAAUCUGCUAUGGGAAAACAAGCUAUGGGUGUGUUCCUCACAAAUUUCGAGCAGCGUAUGGAGACAAUGGCGAAUAUUCUCUACUAUCCACAGAAGCCUCUCGCUACAACUCGAUCCAUGGAGUUCCUCAAGUUCCGUGAACUUCCUGCGGGCCAGAAUGCUAUUGUGGCUAUUGCUUGUUACUCUGGCUAUAACCAAGAAGAUUCUGUUAUUAUGAACCAAAGUAGUAUCGACCGCGGCUUGUUCCGAAGUUUGUUCUACCGAACUUACACGGAUUCUGAGAAGAUGGUCGGUUUGACUGUUGUUGAGCGAUUUGAGAAACCGAUGAGAUCAGACACACUUCGAAUGAAACAUGGAACCUACGACAAGGUUGACGAUGACGGCAUCGUCUCACCGGGCGUUCGUGUGUCUGGCGAAGAUAUUAUCAUUGGUAAAACCUCACCGUUGGCACCUGAGGCUGAAGAACUUGGUCAGCGAACGAAGCAACAUACUAAACUGGAUGUUUCAACUCCUCUCAGAAGCACUGAGAGCGGUAUCGUCGAUCAGGUACUUGUAUCUACAAGUAAUGAUGACUUGAAGUUUGUGAAAGUGCGGAUGAGAACCACGAAGAUUCCCCAGAUCGGUGACAAGUUUGCAUCUCGACACGGUCAAAAGGGUACAAUUGGUAUUACCUACCGGCACGAGGAUAUGCCAUUUACCAGAGAAGGUGUCACGCCCGAUUUGAUUAUCAACCCCCACGCCAUCCCGUCUCGAAUGACAAUUGCCCAUUUGAUUGAGUGUCAACUGAGUAAAGUAUCCUCUCUCCGUGGAUAUGAAGGUGAUGCAACGCCUUUCACCGAUGUUACUGUCGACUCGGUAUCAAGCUUGCUUCGUGAACACGGUUAUCAAUCCCGUGGAUUUGAAGUUAUGUACAAUGGGCACACAGGAAGAAAAUUGGUUGCUCAAGUAUUCUUAGGUCCGACCUAUUACCAGCGAUUGCGACACAUGGUGGACGACAAGAUCCACGCACGCGCCCGUGGACCUACCCAAAUUUUGACUCGACAACCAGUGGAGGGUCGUGCUAGAGAUGGUGGUUUGCGAUUCGGAGAGAUGGAACGUGAUUGCAUGAUUGCACAUGGGGCCAGUUCAUUUUUGAAGGAGCGACUAUUCGAUGUGUCCGAUCCGUUCAGAGUACAUAUCUGUGAUAUCUGCGGAUUGAUGACGCCUAUUGCCAAGGUAAAGAAGGGUGACUUCGAAUGCCGAGCUUGCAGAAACAAGAAUAAGAUUUCGCAAGUGCAUAUCCCAUAUGCCGCCAAGCUUUUGUUCCAAGAACUAGCGUCUAUGAAUAUUGCAGCACGUAUGUACACCAAACGAUCUGGUGUAUCGAUCCGCUAA